GUUAGGAAAAAUAUUUGGAAUUUUGAUUGCUCCUCGUCCUCUAGGUAGGAUCUACGUCUACACAGCUUCAUUCUUUCUAGAUGUAAAAAUUUUUUGGUUGUGGUUUCUCUACAAGAACACCUGUAAAUUUGGGGUACAACCAUGUCGUCAUCAUAGGAAAGGGAGAAGAUACUAGUUGCAACACCUCCUAGCCGCAAUAUGAUAGUGAUUGUGCAGAGGCUUCUCAGCGACCAGGAUCAUGAGGCUGGUUACCAUGCAACGGCGUGACCAGCACCGAAAGGAAACAGCAGUGACGAGAGCCGGUUACUUUUUAUGGGCAGCUUUUCUCCACCUUCCUGAGCAUCUCUUCGGUACCCCUUUGCUUCUUCCAUAGAAGAAUAGUAAAAAGGACAAGGUGGAUCAACUACUCCUAUCCUAACCUGAGAUGAGGGGAACGAGAUGAAUCGAGGUUAGGGGACCGAGGUGUUGAAUCACGAAGUUAAAAGCUGUGGUCAUCUCGUCUAACCUUCCGUCGUUUUCUCGAAGGCGCAUGGCCCUUCUUGUUGGUUCUUACAGUCGAGCUCUACGAUGACUGGUAUACGCGCUUCACCAGUGGGUACACCUGUCCGCCAUGGUACUUUUAAGAAUAGUUCAUUGUAGUGACCAAAUAACUGCAGAGAUCAGUCAGGUAAUAUUUGCAUUCUAACUGCAGAGAAGUCAGGGAUUCUGGUAUAACUGCAGAGAAGUCAGGUAUUCUGGUAUAACUGCAGAGAAAUCGCGAUCAGUACAACUAGGUACAACUAUAAUCUUACUAAGUAGUGAAUACUAGACCUACAACUAGCACUUCUUCUGGAUAUCGAUCAUAAUUGUCUGGCUUGAGUGACCAGAUAAGUAUGUACUUAUCCUGAGUAAGUGUGAAUUAUGAUUCCCGUCAGUAGAAGUCUGCACUAUGAUUCCCCUCAGACAUUAGAGCAAGUCUGUUUUCAGUCAAGGUGAAUCUACUGAAGUAGGGAAGACAUGUAGAACAAGUACAAGUCACAAGUGAUCUAGUCUAAAGGAAACUAUCAAUCUUUAACAGUCUGUCAGUCAAGGGGAGUCUAUUAUAAUCAAUCUAAAGGAAACUAUCAAACAAGUCAAUGAAUACUACAACUACUACUCAUACUAAUCACGCUGUUCCUCUGUAACAGUCCGUCAGCCCUCAAGGGGAGUCUAUAACCUAGAGGAAGCUAUCAAUCUCUAACACUUACCGGAAACGAAAAAGUUUGAUCACGAAAAUGGGAUUUCGCAGAAAGAGGCGCAGUACUUGGAGCAAAAAGCUUCACGAGCUUUCGUCGCAGACGCUCGUGACUUGCUUUUGUAUGUAGCUUUAAGGUUAUCUCAUCAUCAGGUUUGCACGUAGCAAGUUAGUUGAUCAUUACACAAUGAAUUGUGAACGGUGACCUUCUGCUAACAUUACACAAAAUGAAUUGUGAAGUAGAUGCUUCUAUGUAUACUCCUCGACUCAUUGGGCGGUACUUUUACAUAAUGAAUUAUAAGGAGGAUAGAAGCUGAAGCAAGAGAGCACCUUCCUUUACCUCAUGCUUAAAAAGAAGCAUAAAUAGAACAAGCAUAAAUCUGCUGAAAAAGAAGCAUAAGUAGAAGGAUAGUUCCCGCCUAAGUAGAAGGAUGAUAGAAGCGUACCCCACGAUUGAGUCCACUACUUGUACGACCAGAGGCAUAAAUCAAUCAACUUCAAUCAAUCAAUCAACUUCAAUCAAUCAAUCAAUAUACCACGCAUUAUCCUGAAGACUUUUAAUGCUUGGCGCACGUAAAGAGCCUCUUGGUAAAGCUUACCAUGAUGAAGUUCGCGACGCCGUUUGUCCUGUAGGCUACGAAUACGAUUUCCCGGUAUCUGGCACCACCUUUAAGGCUAAAUACACUGUAGGCUAUGAUGAAUACGACUAAAGUGAAUACGAUUACGAAGUACCACUUUUUUUAUGGCUGGUACGUUUUUGAUGGGCUCCUACUUCGUUCCUUCUAAUCGAUCUCUUCUAUAGCGCGACAGGGCUGCAACUUCUAAUGAUCGUCCAUUUCUAUACAAGCGCAUCGAGGUUGAAGAUGCUUGUUCAUCUACUUUUUAUAAGUAAUUUCCUAGGAGAGAUCCAUCUAACUCUCGGCGAUGGGAGUUCAGUCCGCAGUGGAUGGGCAUUCAAAACGAGGCACUCCAAGAACAUGCUCAUGCUCUCCUUCCACCUGCAUCGACUUCAUCAGACACUACUAGGUCACCAUCUUCGCCGGGUACUAGUAGUUCACCAGCAUCGUCUGGAAUCACUAGGUCACCACUACUUUCUUCAUCAGCCACAUCUACUUCCCCAUUUGCCACUCCUGCUUCUGGAACUACGACUUCAACUACGACUUCCAUCCUUUCGACCCCAUUUGCCGUUCGUGAUACGUACGACUCCUACGGACGUUUCCUGUUCUGGAUUUCCAUGUGGCCUGGCUUCGAUGUCCUUUUACUUCUUCUCCUCAUCCUUUUUCGGAGAGGUGUUAAGGCUUCUUGAUGUCGUGUUGAUUAUAAGAAAUUGAUAUAUAAGAAUAUGAUCGUAGUAGUAGCUCGCCGAAUAGAUUCAAUUCAUCAUAAGAAUAUGAAAGUAGUACUAGUAGUAGCACCAGUCUUGAAACGAAAUACGGAAUGAAAACUCAGAAUUUUUCGUACAACGAACUAACUCUUGGAUCUUCUUCGUGUGCUUGUUGAACAGCUUGGGAAGAAGUACCAGGGAUCUUUGACGUGAUCUAAAGCUGUCGCCGAACUCCUUCUUUUGGUUGGUGUGGUCGUCCAAGGUCUGGCCCCGACCACAGUCAAGCGGUCGCUGAACUGCUACGGCUUACGAACUGGUGGUGCAAAUAAACACUGGUUAGGGCAGCCUAAGGUGAUACAUCUUCACAGAGGAUCAUUUUAGUUUUCCAUUUUGUUUUUGUAGGAUCAACAUAUAAAGUAGAUAUCUGUUUCGUCCCCUCGGGAAGACGUUUCAUUCAAUAGAGAACUCAUUCAAUCAAAUUAAUACUGUGCCCCUCUUUGGAAGUGAAGCACGGCAUUAAAUAGCCCCAUCGACAGUUUCGGAACACUGAUCAGGGCGAAACUCCAUUCCAUAGAUAUCUGUUGUAUCUGAUAUAACUUGGACUUCUUCAGGACGAGAUGAAGAAUUGCAACUAGAAGAACACGAAGCUCAUCAAGAUCAACAUCAUACUGAAUAACCGAAGUACAAGAUUUAACAUUAGAAAGAUGACAGCUCUAAACUGAGUAGAAGAAGCACUUUGUCCCUACUGGAUGAGGCCACACACUUCCUGUCUCGACGAUUGCGGCAUGGUCAGCGGACACGCCAACGUCGCGUUUUUCUAUCUCGGCUGGGGUCUUCCGUACUUACUAAGGUCAGGCUUGCUGCUAGAGCUAGAGAAGACUACGAUUAGGACGAGCACUGUUUUUGGGGAAACUACAAAGCUAGAGGAGACUGCGUUCAACACUGUUCUUGGGGGAACGACAGAGACUAGGACUGUUAUAGAGAAGUCUAGCACCACUGUAGUUGGAGAAACCCGCACAAAGUCUCGACUCAUCUCAGGGAACAACUGCGAGCAAGAAACGAACAAUACGAAUAAUUCAUCUAGUGGGGCCGCAAUGAAGUCGUAUGCUGAUUAUCAUCACGACGUGUCAGGGUCAGCAUGUGAUCACGAACAGGUCCUAAACAUCAAGGUGGAUGAAUAUGAUGAGCCUGAUCAUGUUUUAGGCGAAAAGGAUACGGAUGAGAUGACAACAACUGCAAAUAAUACGCUUACACAGUCGAUCAUCACGAGAACUUUCACCGGGGCUGGCACACCUAGGUCAUCGUGUUUAGGCACUAGUAUAUCUGCUAAUUAUAAUAGUACUCGAAGCCUUAGCGAUUCUUCUAGUAGUUGUAAAUCACUCGGCUCCACCUCCUGCAAGGAUAUAAUUGAAGACAACAAGGAGCAGUAUUCGGGAUCGGGAUCGGGCAAUCACUUCUUGGUACAGCCGCUGUUGGACAAAAGUGGAGGUCCACCUGACACGACUAGAAGUCCCGACGACACUACUCCACCUAGCAAGAGUCCUAAACCUAACACUAGCACUAACACUAAGACUAAGAAGCACACUUCUACUUGUAGCCUCAUUAUAGACGAAGAAGUUCGUGCUGGAGGUGAAGAAGCAGGUCGAACUAGGUCCUCGUCGUUGUCUAGAGGUGGCCCUGAACAUGAUCUAUUGAAAAUAAGAGCUUCUUCAAUUUCUUCAGCUCGACUUCUGAAAGCGUCCUCUGCAGGGCCUGUCAGAAGAAGCUCAAGAACGCGUAGUAUACCACUAGCAUCCUUAGAAGUGGAAGUAGAGACGAAGCUGUUGAGGGGAACAAUCGGUGCUCCUGGCGAACUACAGGGAAAGUCAUCCUUAGCACCACCGAAGACGAACUACAGGGGGAACAAGACCAAAAGAUUCAUAAAAAAGGUUGUGGCGAUUGCGGUGCUGGUUUUUCUGCUACUACAGCCCUACGUAAUAGUCGCGUUGGGAGAUCACACACCCUUGCAGGGCUUUAUUGUUAAGGCCCAUAAGCAUUCAUCUUCUUCACUGUGUCUGUGAAGAAAUAACUAAGGCGUUCACAACUCUGUGAGUCUCAGUUAUUUCGCUCGUGGAUCCUGAGAGUAUAAACGUAGAAGAUGAAACAUUACGAGUUGUACUAAUGUUGGCGCUCUCACAGGAGGACUUGCAGGCUUCGCUUUCUAUCGCUACAUCCUGUCAGACGACGUUGUGUACGCAUUUGUAGCAUCGGACAUUGGCAUAUUUCUCGGCUUCCACGAUAAUUACACGAUUUGAUUCCUUGAUGUUUUUGAAAAUUAGCAGACAUGUGGAUGUGAGGGUCGGUUGAUACUAAUUGGAUAUGAUAGAUUUAGUUUUUGAUUUUGAAAACAAGAACAUUGUUCAUUUUCUGAUAUGCGCCGCGCUUGCGUAGAUGACAUCGACAAAAGCAUUCGUAUUCGUUAUUAUGUUUUAGCUUGAAAUUGAACUCCCCGCAUCCACCACCUGGAUGUUGAGUGUUUUCUUUUGAAUUUAGAUGACCUCGUUGACCAUGAUGACCAUCCAUGUCUUUUAAGUAACUACUCGGAGUCAUAGUUGAAGUGCACGAACUAUGAUUUUUUGAUUUUGAGGUAAUUGCUUUCUUUCAGUUUGAUAAGUAGAGUUGUUACGUAAACAAGUACUUAAUAGUGAUGCUAAGAGGUGGAGGCGCACCAGGUGGUGUUGAUCCUAGAUAGGUACUGGCACUUAACACUAGGUAGUCUAACUUCUGAAUCUAUAUAUUCUUCCGCUCGUCACCAGGAUCAAUCGAUCUUUAGUUAGCCUGUCAUAAAUACACAAACUAGUACUACAAAUACAAAUUAUAGUACUAGGUACACAUUUUCCCAGCAGUCACGACGAGAAGCUAACACAUGACAAGCUCUCUUGUCGUGUUGGUUCUCAAAUUUGUUGCAACAGUUGAUUUCUUCAUGUACCAUCAAGAUGGAUUUCUUGAUGAAGGUAUUUUUUCGUCUUUCGUCCUCCGAAAAUCGCACCAGCAGAGAACUGCAAGUCCAAACUGUCAGAAGUGCGUCGAACCUCCUGCAAGAGCGCCUCACGUGC